GGAAGGGCCAGGGGAGGAGUGGAUUCCUGGAUCUGAGAAUGGAGGGGGGGUAGGAAGUCAUUACCCUGGGUUCUGGGAGAAGUGACUGGGGUCCCAGAUUUUUCCAGCUGAGAGAAGAGGGGCUGGGGGGCCUGGACCCCUAGAUCCUGGGGCGCAGAGGGUCACGAUCCCAGACAGCUGGAUCUUCCGCUGUGUAAGAGAGCUGGGUCUCGGACGCCUCGGUCCUGGGAAACCUCCCUCCUUCCUCGCUGCGGCCGCGCGAUUUCUGCUCUCAAGCCGCAGAUCCGGCUCCUCCUCCCACCACCUGGCGCGUGGGGACGGGUCCGCAGCCCCUUGUCCGCCCUACAACCCCCAUGGGCUGCCGCCAGCCGCCGCCUCGGCUGCCACCCAGAACACGGCAGGGAUAAGCGCAGAACCCACCGGCCACCAUGUCAGGAGACUACGAGGAUGACCUCUGCCGGCGGGCGCUCAUCCUGGUCUCGGACCUCUGUGCGCGGGUCCGAGAUGCCGACACCAGUGACAGGUGCCAGGAGUUCAACGACCUGCGAAUUCGAGGCUAUCCCCGGGGCCCAGAUGCAGACAUCUCCGUGAGCCUGCUGUCGGUCAUCGUGACAUUCUGUGGCAUUGUCCUUCUGGGCGUCUCCCUCUUCGUGUCCUGGAAAUUGUGCUGGGUGCCCUGGCGGGACAAGGGAGGCUCAGCGGUGGGCGGGGGCCCCCUGCGCAAAGACCUAGGCCCUGGGGUCGGGCUGGCAGGCCUGGUGGGCGGUGGCGGGCCCCACCUGGGGGCCGGCCUGGGGGGCCAUCCUCUGCUGGGGGGUCCACACCACCACGCCCACACCGCGCACCAUCCGCCCUUCGCUGAGCUGCUGGAGCCAGGCAGCCUAGGGGGCUCUGACCCCCCUGAGCCCUCGUACUUGGACAUGGACUCGUAUCCAGAGGCUGCGGCAGCUGCAGUGGCCGCUGGGGUCAAACCGAGCCAGACAUCUCCUGAACUGCCCUCUGAGGGAGGUGCGGGCUCUGGGCUGCUCCUGCUGCCCCCCAGUGGUGGGGGCCUGCCCAGUGCCCAGUCGCAUCAGCAGGUCACAAGCCUGGCACCCACCACCAGGUACCCGGCCCUACCCCGGCCCCUCACCCAGCAGACCCUGACCCCUCAGCCGGACCCUGGCAGUGAGGAGCGGCCGCCUGCCCUACCCUUACCCUUGCCAGGCGGUGAGGAAAAAGCCAAACUCAUCGGGCAGAUCAAGCCCGAGCUGUACCAGGGGACUGGACCCGGUGGCCGGCGCGGUGGCGGGGCCGCGGGCUCGGGAGAGGCCGGAGGGGGGGCGCCCUGCGGCCGCAUCAGUUUUGCCCUGCGGUACCUCUAUGGCUCCGACCAGCUGGUGGUGCGGAUCCUGCAGGCCUUGGACCUCCCGGCCAAGGACUCCAAUGGCUUCUCAGACCCCUACGUCAAGAUCUACCUGCUGCCGGACCGCAAGAAAAAGUUCCAGACCAAGGUGCACAGGAAGACUCUGAACCCUGUAUUCAAUGAGACAUUCCAGUUCUCGGUGCCCCUGGCCGAGCUGGCCCAGCGCAAACUGCACUUUAGCGUCUAUGACUUCGACCGCUUCUCACGGCACGACCUGAUCGGCCAAGUGGUGCUGGACAACCUCCUGGAACUGGCUGAGCAGCCCCCCGACCGCCCAUUGUGGAGGGACAUCGUGGAGGGCGGCUCGGAAAAGGCAGAUCUCGGGGAGCUCAACUUCUCACUCUGCUACCUCCCCACCGCCGGGCGCCUCACCGUGACCAUCAUCAAAGCCUCUAACCUCAAAGCGAUGGACCUCACUGGCUUCUCAGACCCCUACGUGAAGGCCUCUCUGAUCAGCGAGGGGCGGCGUCUGAAGAAGCGGAAAACCUCUAUCAAGAAGAACACGCUGAACCCCACGUACAACGAGGCGCUCGUGUUCGAUGUGGCCCCGGAGAGCGUGGAGAGCGUGGGGCUCAGCAUCGCGGUGGUAGACUAUGAUUGCAUCGGGCACAACGAGGUAAUCGGUGUGUGCCGCGUGGGCCCGGACGCCGCCGACCCCCACGGCCGCGAGCACUGGGCGGAGAUGCUGGCCAACCCCCGCAAGCCCGUGGAACACUGGCAUCAGCUGGUGGAGGAAAAGACUUUGUCCAGCUUCACAAAAGGCAGCAAAGGAUUGUCAGAGAAAGAGAACUCAGAGUGAGGGGUCUGGCCUAGGCCCAGGAUCGGACCAGGCCCCCUCAGGACCCCAUCCCUUCCUGCCCGGACUGUGAAUUCAUCUCCUCGAAGCCAUAACGUCCGAGCUGCGUGGUGCGGGGCUGCCUGGGCCCACCCAUCCUUCUACCCCGCGAGGCGCGAGGGUGGGAGGCAGGCGGGCCCAGCUCCCAGUUUCAGGGUUGGGGGGGGGCAUUCAGUCUCCACUGUGUCUGUCUUCCCUUCCCCAGGGCUCCUCUUCCAGGCAAGGGGCCAUGCAUGUCUGGGGGACCCCAGCCCCCCAAACCCUUCGUCUUUCUGUCAGUCUCGUUGCUGUUUGUCCAAGACUUGGUGUCCCGACCCUUGUUCUUGCUGUGAAUGUCAACAGACCGAUCCUCCGUAUUCCCCCAGACACACACACACACACCUGUGUCUACCCUUUCUGUUCAACACACCCUGCGUCUGGCCGAUCCCCCCACUGCUGCUGCUACCAACACCGGAAUAAACACACACCGUGGGUCUCACUCCACCUGGGGCUCCUGUCCUCUCUGGGGCCGGGAAGCUGGGUUGGAACAUCCUGGCUCUGGGUUCAGACCAAAGUUUUAUUCACUGGCCGAGUGACCUCUGGCAACUAAAUUGGUCUCUUUGGAGCCUUAGUUUGUAAAUGUUACGUAUGCCAUGACCCUUAUGAUUGUAAGACACAAAAUGCAACCCAAACUACCAUAAGCCACAGGCAGAACUGAAAGCUCUUUGUACAUGGUGAGUCUGAGCGUACAGAAGGACUUCAGGCAUGGUCAGAUCAAGGUGUUCAGGUGACUCUGCAUUGCUCCUUAUGAACUCAUUCUUAAGCAAGCCUUAGCAAUAGUAAUAAGCUUGGAGCCAUUUGGAGCUCCAAGCUUAUAAUGCUGUAUCUGUUGUGAUGGCUUCAGCUGCAUAAAACAGAAUUCCACCAGAAAGAGCUGAAAAGAUAGAGAUUUCUUUUGCUCACAUAACAAACCUUUCAAAGACACGCAGGCCCGGUGUUAGUUCAGCUGCUCGGCAACGUCAGGCACAGGGUUGACAUCUCUGAGAUUCGUUUUGCCUUCCCUUCGUGAAUGCAGACCACGGCAGUACCGUGCAUUACGUUCUCACACGGUGGCAUCCAAAACAGGAA